CCCAACACCCCCGCAAGGACAUAGCAUUAAGCUGUGAUUGCUCUGACUGACCAGCUAUAAUGAUUGAAGAUGGUUAAUUCCCAAAGACUGGAUUAUGAAAUCUUUAAAUGGAUGAGGUUGCUUGUGAAAGAUCGCGCCAGUGUGUGUGUGUGAUUUAUUUUUGUAUCAUUUAUAGCUUUUUUGUGUGUGUGUGUGUGUGUGUGUGUGUGUGUGGCCUCCCCAUGUCUUUCCUUUACUUGGCUUUCUGCCGGUUUGUAGGCAGCUGUCUCUGCAACUGAAUGUUUGUGAUGAAUUGCUGUCCGGGAGUUUGCCUGGUUCUCCAAGCCAGUCUUUCUCAAACCAGUCUUCGGGGACCCCCCACUGGGGGCUGGGAGGGAGCAAAAACGUGGACUGCGUGGGGCUCCCUGAGAACUGGCUUGAGAACUGCUCUUAGCAUCAAGACUCCCAUUUCUGUUUACAUUUACUGCCGAUUCGGGGUGUCCAAGGAAGAACUCUACCCACAUACUAUAUGUCAAGGGUUUCUUUUUCUCUAAUAGUGCGACUAAUCAAAUCCUAAAGCUUUAUCUAUAUAAAGAUCAACUGUGGAAUGGGGAGGAAAGUCGAGAUUUUCUUCUGUCCAAAAAAGGGGAUCUCUGGUGUACAGCUUUUCCCGGAUGCCUCUUGUCUCUCUCUCUCUCUCUCGUAAUCUAAUUUAAGUUUGACUGUAGAAUUAUAGAAUUAAAUAUAGAAUGUUUUAACAAGGUUUUUUGUUACUUUUGUUUGUUUUUGUUUUUUGUUUUUUUUUUCGUUUGAAUUGUAUGAAAUUUUAUAAAGCAUUGUAGUUUGCAUAUUAAGCUAUGUAUGGUGAAGACCACUGUGCUCUGACUGACCUGUAGCUCAAAUGUCGGAGGUGGCCUGGCAUUGCCCUGUCGCCGCCCUGCUGCUGGUUCAGAUUGCCGGAUCGAUUGUGGUCCGAAGCCCAUUGACUUCUGUAAUACGCUGUUUGGGAAGGCACAGAGUGGAAAAGUAAGGGAAUGACAGCAGCUACUAGCGCACACUUCUUGCCAAUCGUAGAUAUUCCUGUGUGCAAAAAGAAUCUGUAGACAGUUAAUUCUUGAGCUAUUUUGGAAUUGCAUGUAGGUCUCGUUUGUAAAUUGAAAUGUUUUGAUCUACAUUUUCAAUGUUUCAAAUUUCAGGUAACUGAAAUUGUCUAGUCGGGUAGGAAGUAAUAUUGCUUGGCUAUUCUACUAUUGUCAAGCUUAGUUGAUUAAGUGGUGGUACCAUAGAGUCCUGCCACUUGCUUUUACGGAGUUGCUGGAAGCUUAACUUUCCAUGGAAUUGGGCUUUGGACAGAUUUGAUUGUGUGGUACUUUGGGGGGAUGAUUAAUCUGUAGUCUCCAGAUGUUUCACUUCAAUUUGAGUUUGUUUGUUAUGCAGCCGGAGGUCUUCAUUCUUGUACUAACGAGUACUUUGCUUGUCCUCAGCCCUUUAACUAUACCGUUGGAGUAGGGACAAAGUCCCUCUCUCUGACUCAUAACACUGUUGGGUUUUCUUAAAUAAAAAAAGACACAGGUUUUUUUACACAGUUUUCUAACUUCACUUGGGUUCCUGUCUUGAAAUUCAUGAGAGAUCUGCAUUAAUAUCUUCAGCCUUUCCUUUUGGGUGGUAUCUGGAGGCUGAGAGGUUGGGUAGUGGUCUAAUGUGUAUAACCAUUCUAUGUGAUCAAGUUGUGUGUGUGUGCGUGCGUGCGUGCGAUUCAGGAAUAAUUCUGUGUUAUACUGUUGCUAAUUACGUGUGUCUAGUUUGUUGUAUUCACGUGAAGGAAAUGGCAAGUAACCUGUAAUACAAAUUAAUACAUUUUGAAUGAAGUUUGUCCUUAAAUAUUGGAUCUUGUCUUAAUCUUGACAGCCACCCUAAACACACAAGCCUUAGGGCUUCCUUGAUUGGACUAUGAUUGACCACAUUUCAAAGUAGUUGUUAAACAUUGACAGGAAACAGUCAAUGUUAAUGCAAACAAAUUAAGCCAUAAUUUAUUGGCAUAGGAUAAUCAGGAAAAAGUCAUUGUUACAUGCUUUUUUUUUUCUUUUGCAAUAUCAAGGACAUCACAUUUUUUGAUUGUAUAAAAUUUGCAAUUGAGGUCAUGGGCAAGACAUUCAACCGCAGUCACUCCAUAUGAUGAUGUGUUCAAUGGUAAGUAAUCAUGUUGAAGUUUUUGUCAUUUCAGUUGAAGAUUGGGGUAACACGGUGGUGCGGUGGUUAGCACUGACACCUCACACCUGGGGACCAGGGUUGCGUGUGUGGAGCUUGCGUAUUCUCCCUGUAUCAUUGUGGGGUUACCUCCAGGUAUGCUGGUCCCCCCCCCCCACAGUCCAAAAACAUGCUGAGAUUAAUUAGCUACCAAACUGCCCAUUGGUGUGCAUGUGUGAGUGAGUGAGUGGUGUGUCAGUGUGCCCUGUGAGGGGUCGGCACCCCAUCCUGGGUUAUCUGCCUUGCACCCAUAUCCCCGUCGAUUGGCUCCAGACCCCCUUUGACCCUGAAUAGAACAAGUAGCUUCAGAAAAUUGAUGGAUGGAAUUGGUGGUGAAAGGUGCCAGAAGAACAAUAUCAAUGAGGUUUUGUUUGUGUGAUUAUAAAUCUGGCUGUUCAUAAAUCAAACUUUGUUGCAAUGGUUACUGUCAUGUUUAUUUUCCUUUAAUAUUUACAAUGAAACUGCUCUUAAAUCAGUUGGAUCAAAAUAAGCUGUGAGUGACACAGACAACUGACAAUUGCAUACCAAUCACUUAAAAAUGUCCUUGCAUGUUCAAUGCCUUUCUUGCUAGUGUCACUAAUCAACUGCACUCUGCCACCCUCAUUAGUUUUUUUUUUUUUGCAUUGUUCUUUAGAUCACAUUAACCUUUAGGUGUAGUCUUGUUUGCCUGAGCUCAUGUCUGUGUUCUCAGCAGUAUAAUAUAGGGGGUAUUACAAGGUGGAUAAAGGCCUUACAUGAAGGUGAUGAGUCAGACAGAUCUUUGUAUAUGUCACACAGCUAAACCCUCUGUCCAAAGGCUUCUUUGAAUCUGUGGAUGGCAGCCUUGUGUCUGGGUACAGGAACCAUUCUGGGCUUACUAUUGGGAUACAGUGCUCUCGUUUUUCUCGGAUUGUGAAGCAGAAGGAUUAGAAAGCGCUUUAAUCUGAGUGCUUGUGCGCGUUGUCAGUCUCUCCAAUUCUUUCUGAGUUGCUCCAUUUUUCCGCUCGCAAUCAUGAUGGAUAUUGGUGGUCUGACCACUGUGGUGGCCAAUUCAGCCUACAUCUCUGCACGUGGGAGCUUUGAUGGAACAGGCAACCCUGCCGCUAACCGGGAUAAGAAAUAUCAUGCCAAGCUCAAGCUUCCUCACAUCACGGUGUGUGAGCACCUCCGGGAGAAGCUGGACCUGCAGUUCCACAGCAUGUGUGUGGAGCAGCCCAUUGGCAAGCGUCUCUUUCAGGAAUAUCUGGAGAGCACCAAUGAGUAUAAGGGUCCUGGUCUCUUGUGGAAUCACAUCGAGGAAUAUGAUACGAUGGAGGACAAGAAUCGCAUGCAGAAGGCUGCAAAGAUCCUUGAACUUUUCAUGGAGCCCUCAGCUAAGUACUUCUGUCCCUUUCUUCCGGAGAAUGGCAUCACCAAAGUCAAGGAAAAGCACCAGGAUGCUGCAGAUGACUUGUUUAAUGAAACUCUACAGAACGUGCUAGACUUCCUGAAGGAGGUCCCAUUCACCUUUUACCUAGAGAGCAUGUACUUCAAACGUUUCCUCCAAUGGAAGUGGCUGGAGAUGCAGCCUAUUGUUGACGACUGGUUCCUGGACUUCCGUAUCUUGGGGAAGGGGGGCUUUGGGGAGGUGUCUGCUUGCCAGAUGAAGGCCACUGGGAAAUUGUAUGCUUGCAAAAAGCUCAACAAGAGGAGACUGAAGAAGAGAAAAGGCUAUGAGGGGGCAAUGGUAGAGAAGAGGAUUCUUGCUCGAAUUCACAGUCGCUUCAUUGUGUCAUUAGCCUAUGCCUACCAGACUAAGACUGAUCUUUGUUUAGUCAUGACCAUCAUGAAUGGAGGAGAUCUCAGGUACCACAUCUACAACGUGGACGAGAACAACCCGGGAUUUGAUGAGCCGCGAGCCUGUUACUACGCCGCCCAGAUUAUCAAUGGUUUGGAGCACCUGCACCAGAAGAGGAUCAUCUACAGAGAUCUAAAACCUGAGAAUGUGCUUCUGGACAAUGAAGGCAAUGUCCGCAUAUCUGACCUUGGGCUGGCUGUGGAGCUGAAAGAGGACCAGUUCAAAAUCAAAGGUUAUGCUGGGACACCAGGGUUCAUGGCUCCAGAGCUACUGAAAGGAGAGGAGUAUGACUACUCUGUGGAUUACUUCACUCUGGGCGUCACUCUGUAUGAGUUCAUUGCAGCAAAAGGUCCCUUCAGAAGCCGGGGAGAGAAGGUGGAGAACAAGGAGGUGAAGAAGCGCAUCUUGAACGAUCCUGUGACGUACACUGAGAAGUUUAGCGAACGGGCUACAUCCAUCUGUGUGGGGCUGUUGGCCAAGGACGUGGACAAGAGGCUGGGCUUUAGGAAUGGGAACUGUGAUGAAAUCCGAGCUCACCCUUUCUUCAGCGGCAUCAACUGGAGGAAGCUUGCAGCAGGCAUCCUGCCACCACCAUUUGUCCCUGAUUCUAAGACGGUAUAUGCCAAGAAUAUAGACGAUGUGGGGGCCUUCUCCACAGUGAAGGGCGUGGCUUUGGAAAACACCGACAAGAGGUUUUUCAGCGAGUUCGCCUCGGGCAAUAUCGCCAUCCCAUGGCAGGAGGAGAUGAUCGAGACGGGCAUCUUUGGUGAACUUAACCAGUGGGGCCCUAAUGGUGGCCCCCCCACUGACCUACGUCGUGAGUCCAUCCUGGAGCAGCCACCUAAAUCAUCCACCUGCUGUAUCUCAUAAACUGCACCUUGGCAGUAUCGCCAUUUAAAGGUGUACACCCCAUAAAUGAACUUGUAGUGAAUAAAAGCUCAGAAAAAAAUAUUGGACUGAACCAAACUGAACAAAAAUGAUGAGGGCCUUAGACUGUUUGGACACCCCUGGUUGUGAUGGAAUUUUUUCAACAGAAGGAAAGUCACCAGUGCAACUAUAUAUAUAUAUAUAACCUUGGCAUUAGACAUUACAGCAUAUUUCACCGAGAAGCAUGAUAAAAAUGAGUAACUCUGGUUUAUUUUUUGUGUUUUGUAAUUAGGAAAAACUGAUCAUUUUUAGCUUUACUGUGAAGAAAUGGUUAAUGUUUCCUGUAUGUUCACAUUUGAGAGGCUAUACUCCUCUGAGAGGACUGAAGAAUGUGAUGCAAUAAAUUUUAAUGUUUUGCACCCUGUUAAACCAUGCUUAAAAGCAUUUAUAGCAUGGUAUUAUCAUGGACCAAUCAAUACAUUCAAUGCCGGUCAAACCCAUGUGGCGCCCUAUAGGCAAACUUAACCGGAGCGCCGCCCGAGACAAAGUGAAAUCGGCGCCCCCUCAGAAGAUGACGCCCUAGGCGACCGCUUAUGUCGCCAGAUGGGCUGACUGGCACUGGACACAUUUCUGAACUGUGUAACUAACAGGUGCCUGUGCCCAGCUUCUAAAGGUCGUGGUUUGCCAUGGUUUGGGUUAACAAUAAGUUACAGAAGUUUGUAUGUAGCGUCUGCCCGUACUGCUUAACAAUGAAGGCAUUUCAUGCAGUCGUUUCUCAAGUAAAUGGGAGCGCCAGGAACCAAGAAUCCUUAUUUUACUUGCUUAUCUGCAAGACUGUGACUUGUGAUUCGCGUAUUAUCAGGAAAAAAGUGUGGAUUUAUCUAAAUGAGGAUAGAAUAGACGCUACAAUCUCAAAAGAUUUUUUGGGGAUUAAGCAUCAAACGUUACUUUUGUUAUGCAGCCUAGACAUUGUGAGCUGUGGAAAUUCAUACACUAAACGGCUUGUUUGUAGAUAUGCUGUUAAAUCUCAGAGUGCAAUAAGAGGAAAAUAUUUAUUUUCCAUUUUAAAUUCUAGGAGGAUAUUUAGUCUACAGUCACGCAGGUUAUUUUUGGUUGUAUUCUUCAGGUGUUCAUUGCCUGGGAUAGUAUUUUUCCUGAUAUAAUCAUUUAUACUGUACUGGUUGCAAUGUUCUAUGCAGUUUCGAAAGGGAAAGGUGAUGCUGCAAUUUAUCUGGAAUAGUAUUACAUGUUUUUCAAUAAAAAUACCUUUGUGUGUA